CGGUCAAUUUCUGCAACCUCCCCCUGCAACGUAUUUCUUUUUUCCCACAAAAUCGAGAGAGCCGCGGAAAUCAAUGCAUGGAAAUGAAUUGAGUGAAACAAGAAGAAGAAGAAGAAGAAGAAGAAGAAGAAGCCGCAACUCCUCCAGCUCCAUUGAGUCUCUGAGUUUUUUGUCCUGCCUCUCCAUCCCUCUCUGUCUGUCUCUGCUGCUGAUUUGAAGUGAAGAGAAAACCAAGAUGGCUGAUAGAAGAUUACACCCAGGCUGCCCGAAUGCAGGUAAUCCAUACCAUGAAUGCGUUGAGGAUUGCUACAUGAAAAUCGCUAACGGGAAGUCUCACAAGAGUAGCAAAUAUUCAGGUCAUCGAAGUGGCGGAAAUGAGAUUGUGCAAAGGGUACCCAAAGAAAGGAGAACCAAUCGCUCCUGUCCUAAGGCUGGAAACCCUUACCAUGAAUGUGGAGAUCAUUGCUUCCAGAAUGGUACUCAAGCAGAUCCUCGUGCAAACAGAAAACAAACAGGAUCCGCUGUAGGUGAAGCUCCAAUUAGUAGGAGAAAGAACAGGGAACCGAAUUCUCAAAUUAAGCCUACUUCUACUGAAGUGCUUGACAAUAAUGCUAAAGCCCCGAUUGUUUCAGCAGCUGAUUCUCCUUCCUCGACCUUGCAAUUCCCUUCAAAAGAGAGGGAAUCGGAGAGAGUGGUGGAGUACAGUAAGCCUCUUUCUCCGCCUAUCAGGUAUUCUGGUGAGAUUAAACCUGAGGAUUUCUCUUUCAACAAGGGCCAAGUCAGGUCCUCCAAUUCUGUUCCGACUUCCGGAAAUGCCACCCCUGUUCUUGGACUUUCGCCUGAUCGCCGCACUCUCAAAGAUCACUUGAAGGACAGUUUUGCCACAGUGGACAGUUCCACAGUGUCCAAAGAGGAUCGAGAAGAGGACACCGGUAAUCAAUACUUCUCGAAUGAGCUUGUCCCUGAAAAAGUUGCUGAUAAUAACAAUGGACAAGUUGCUACAGAAGCUGUUCGGGGCUCCAUGAGCUCGUCUAUCUCAGGCAACAGCCGUUCUUUCAGGGACUCCGAUGAUGAUGACGAAUACAAUGAUGAUGUCCAGUCUGUAGUGUCCGAAGCCCGUGUCUCGGUAGGGAAAUAUCACGUGAAGUCAAGUGUCUCCUCAAUCCUUCAGGCUAUUCUUGAGAAGUAUGGAGACAUAGCAGAGAACUGCCAGUUGGAGUCAAUCGCAAUGCGAUCAUAUUACUUGGAGUGUGUGUGCUUCGUGGUCCAGGAGCUCCAGUCCAUGUCGUUCAUGAACCUGACCAAGUCCAAGGUUAAGGAAAUGCUUGCCAUCAUCAAGGAUCUAGAGUCAUCCCACAUCGAGAUCGGGUGGUUGAGAGUGAUCCUCGAUGAGCUCUCGGAGGUAACAGAGUUUGUUUCCCAGCACCACACAGUUAAGGCGGCAAAGGUGAAGAGUGAUCAGGGCCUCGCGUCUGCAAGACGAGAACUGGAGUUUCAGUCCCUGGCUCUAGCCCACAAAGAGCAAGAGGUCGCUGAACUGAAGGAAAGGGUGGCCGAGACAGAGGAACAGCUGCGCGAGCUCGAGGCCAAGGCGUCCAAGCUGGAUCAGACCGUGUCGUCCCUUAACUCGCAGAUUGAGAACUUCCAUUUCAAAUCAUCGUUGCAAGAACUCCUGUGAUAUAUUGAAACGAGGUCACGUAUUUGUGUGGUAUAAAAAGAAAAACCUCAUGUGUUUUUAUUUAUUGUUUUUGAGACAUAGGCUGGGAUUUUGAUAGAUAAAUUAGACAAAUAAAUGUUGAAAUAAUUCAUUUUUCUCUAAAUUAUCAGGAAUUUGUUCCAUCAAGUCCUGUUAAUGCAUGUAUUUAUCAACCUAUUUAUAUAUUAUAUAUAAGAUGCCAAUGCUUAUUUCUUUUA